UCCUUUAUAUUAUUAAGAAAUACGUUUUAUGUCAUCCGGAGGAAAUAUAGUGUUGCGUUUGCAUGGGUCGGGAAGAUAUCACUAGAGUUUUGAUAAGGUCUGUCGCGUAUAAAAAGAUGUUCACGUUGGUCCCUCUUCUGUUGGUUGUCUUGGCCGUCAACUCGCCGAUAUGUUCUGCCGCAAAGGCGUCGGAAUCGAAGCUUUGUGCAUGUCCGAAAUUGAAACAACGCAGGCUGUUCACGCUUACAAUCAAUGCCAAAGGUGUGAAAUGUCUCAAGUUCGAAUACCGGAUCCAACCAGCUGACAGGAAUCUGACAGUUUCCUUGAAGAUAGGUGGAGCCAUUGGAGCAGCGAUUUGGGCGGAGGGCGGUGGCAGUGGGAAAAGCUGGAAGAAUACAACUAUUCCAAUGACAGUAAAAGGAAAGUACAAGGUCGUGUUUGGCGGUGUUAGACAUGCUGACAAAAGGGGUCCCGUCGCUAUCAGAGACAUAACAGUACACGACGGCGCUUGUUCCGGAGGCCUCUAUUUUUCAGCUCAUCUUACAACUACCGAAGUUCCGACGACAGCUGCUGAAGUUGAGAUGACAACUGCCGAAGUUGAGACGACAACAGCCGAAGUUCCGACGAAAACUGCCGAAGUUGCGACGACCACUGCUGAAGUUGAGAUGACAACUGCCGAAGUUGAGACGACAGCAGCGGAAGUUCCGACGACAACUGCCGAAGUUGUGACGACAACUGCUGAAGCUGCGAAAACAACUACAGAAGUUUCGACAACAACUGCCGCUGGCUUAGCAAGUGCCGGAGCUAAACCGACAACUACCGAAGCUACCGACGAAGUCACAGCAAGUCCCGGAAGUGGAAGUGUGGGUGGGAGUGGAAGCGGAAGUGAGCCCAACAUCGUCGUCGUCAGUGAGGGAAGCGGAAGUGAAAGUGGAAGUGGAGCUAAACCGGCAACUACCGAAGCUACCGACGAAGUCACAGCAAGUCCCGGAAGUGGAAGUGUGGGUGGGAGUGGAAGCGGAAGUGAGCCCAACAUCGUCGUCGUCAGUGAGGGAAGCGGAAGUGAAAGUGGAAGUGGAGCUAAACCGGCAACUACCGAAGCUACCGACGAAGUCACAGCAAGUCCCGGAAGUGGAAGUGUGGGUGGGAGUGGAAGCGGAAGUGAGCCCAACAUCGUCGUCGUCAGUGAGGGAAGCGGAAGUGAAAGUGGAAGUGGAGCCGAACCGACAAAUACCGAAGCCACCGACGAAGUCACAGUUAAUCCUGAAGACGAAUAGUGCCCCCGUAGUCCUCUAAUGGACUAUCAGUGGUAAUUCAGGAAUCACUAUAAUUCAAAUAUCUCCUUGUAGAGGUAAUCGAUGUCGGCGUAUCUCGCCAACUUUUUUCCUGGGCAGUUCACAUCAGCUCCUUGAUAUGAACAUUUCUUUGUCUCAGCGUCCCUUGCUAUUAUAUAUACAUUGUACUUUGAAAAUUAAAUUGAAUUAAAAUGGCAUCAGAAAAUGCAAU